AUGCCCUCUCCUUUUAAGAAGCUCUACAGCGGACCAGUCUCAGCGAUCGCUUGUGUCUACGGCUCAGAGCGCCGUCCAACCGAACCUCCUCUUUUGCCGUUUUUUCUUUUUUGCGUUCUGUUUGCACCCUGUGUUGCUGUCCCCGCAGCCAUUCCAGCUCUUGCGAUCCCUCCCUUUUUUGCUCCUGCUGUUUUCGCCAUGACCAAGAAUGGCCGCCUUGCCACUCCAUGGUCAACCCGCGCGGCAGCCACUCUCAAAGUCUUGCGCGCCAAGAAACGCAACCUCACGUCCCAGGCCUCAGUUUCAAAUUCGCUGUCUUAUCCGGAACGCCGCGUGACCCAACUCCUUCGCCUCACAAUGGCCAAGAGUUUGAAAGGAACGUGGACGAUGGUCGCGCCGACUGUGGAGCCGGCCAAGUUUCUGGUCAUGCUCGUGGCCGAACUGGCCUUCAUGCGGACAUCGCGCUUACCUCCCAGCCAAUAUAUUCUCAACAAAUGGCCAAUCCGACCGAACAAGCUCGUUGCCGAGCUUGCUGCCUUUACCACCGGCGGCCCCGGGACGCGGUUCCUACCUACGCGCCGUGCAGCAAAUGGAACACUGCUGCGCUACAACCGCGACACCCAGGCUUAUACCCUGGGAGAUUUGUCAAGCUUUGUGGCCACCGGCCUCCACCAAGCUUGCCUCAAAGGCAAUGACCUGCGGGCCCCGGAUAUCGAGCACCUUCUUCGAAACACACCGUUUCGACGAGGGUGGGCCCUGAGCUUGCCACACAUCAUGGCCACUCUGGCUUUGUGUGGCCGGGCAAACCCUGCAAGCAUGGAUUUGCCUCGGAAUCUCGGGCCGCGGACGGCGACCUGCCUCCGCUUACUUUUUGGCAACGCGUCCGAAGCCCAGGUCGUGGCCGCAAUUCAAGCCGAACAACGCCUCCUCGGCACUCCCGAGGCGUCUCCAGGGGCGUCCCUGCCUCUUUUUUUUCAUUUCUUCUUCUUUUGUUUUCAACCACUGCCGCAGGACGGCGUGAUGAACACUGCGGAAGUGCGCGGCUGGCUCUGUAAGAGGAAUUUACCACAGGAGAUGGGACAUCCAAGAUGGGAAAGAUGGGAACUGGCAGGUAGGGAGACGGGAAGAGGAAUUUACCACAUGACAUGGGACUUCCAAGAUGGGAACUACCAGGUAGGGAAACGGGAAGAGGAAUUUACCACAGGAGAUGGGACAUCCCUGAUGGGAACUGGCAGGUAG